CGCCCGGAGCAGCCCAGCCUCGCCAUGAACGCCCUUCUGCUGGCCGCCCUCUGCGCCCUGGCCGGGCUCUGCCUCGCCCGCCCAGGGGACGCCGCGCACGCCCGGAGCGCCGACGGGUCGCCCAGUGGCUACGAUGCUGCCGGGGCUGCCCCCCAAGUGGCCGUGAACCCCUUCGAGGCCCAGCGGGAGGUCUGCGAGCUCAGCCCCGGCUGUGACGAGUUGGCCGACCAGAUCGGCUUCCAGGAAGCUUAUCGGCAGUUCUACGGGCCCAUCUAGCCCCCCCCCCGGCGGUUCUGCAGCCCCCCGGAGGACUGGGGCAGGUGACCC